CCAGAAAAUAGACUAAUGCUACAUAUAAAAUACGAUGUCAUCAUAACUACACGUGUUUUUGCAUCGUUGUUGAUAGGGCUGACAACAUAAAAGUAGAAUAAAAAAAUAAAAAUUCUUUUUUUAUCUCUUCUUCUUGAAAAUAAACAAAACAGGUCGAUAGUUUUAUAAAUCCAUAUUUAGCAUGACGCCACACGUUGAAAAUUCUUGUCAGCAGCGUCACAGGUAAUGGAUAGAGGUAGCUCCCGUAGAGUUAGUCUAACUUCUGGUGCAUGUAAGACUUCUCCUCAAGUAUUCGAGAGUGAUCCCUGUCCUUGAACUCCUCAUGAAGUCAGUUUUUACUGGCGUUUGUGUCAUUGAUGAAGAAGUCAACUGCUUCCACUAUGUCAUUUGGCAUUUACUGGGUACUACUAUUGUCACUGUUGACGAGCUGAAGCUUCAUUGUGAUGAAUAUCGUUUAAGAUCUGUUGACAAGGAACUUUCCCGAAGAAACAUUCGCAGCAAUGAGCAUUGCAAAUAUGAUGGCUGCAUUUUGACUCUCAUUGAUGGUGUUCGUAUCGAGUUGGUGCUCUUGAAGGUGACUGGUCCGUUCAAACUUGACGAUGAAAGCAGAUUUUUAAAGGAUCAUGUUAAAGCUGGAUAUGGAUUAAUUGUAAUGCUCAAUGAAAUUACUACACUUACAAAUUUGCUUCAUUUGAUACAUUCACCACUGUUCGUAUCUUCUUACAUGCAAAGAAAAACAAGUUGCGGUUCUGGGGCUUUGAGAUGCCUUCCCCUGAUCUUUACGUACCGAACUUGCUAAAUAGUGUGGUUAUCCCUGACAAUUAUGCUUCUUGUGAGCUACCAGUGGAAUUCCUUUGCAUUGAAUUGUGGAAUUUGCGAACCAUGCUACAGCAAACAGUUACGGCCAUCGCUAACCUGAGGCAAUCUCACAUUGUUAACCAAAGAGCCUAUGUUCCCACAGACAGUUCCCUGACUUGAUGCCUACUUUGCUUACUGACAGCUUGAGAAUCAAUCCCGAGAUAAAGCUCGAUGUGAGUUACAUAGCUACUUAUAAUGAACUGGCUAUCAACAGCUCACUUUUUUGAACCCCUUGUAUUAUUCUUUUUCAUAACCACUCCACUUAAUAAAUUGCUCAUCGCCUUAUCUGUACAUAUGUG